AUGUGCGUCUGGGUCACCACCGAGCAUUGGACUUACUGCGGGUGCACCGUAACCAAGUCUUGCCCCAAGCCGACUUGCAGGUGCCCAAAAGUUCUCGACCUGGCCACCCAGAACUGGAUCGGCUAUUGCGAUAGCCCUCAGUGCCCGAAUCCUGCUCCGCCCAAUUCGUCGCAAAGCGGUCAUGCCAGCCCCGAGAGAUGA